UCCAGCCGGCCGCUCAGUCUCGCCCGUGCUUUCGCUCAAUCGACUUCGUUCUUCGUUCUUCGAUCUUCGCCGACUCGAUCGUCGUCAUUCGGACGCCGCUCACGGAUCGUGACAAGUGAUUUACCUUUGUGCUGUGACCCGUUUGAAAAUGUGAAAUUUGUAUUUUUACACUGCAUCUCAUCCUGGGAACAUAAAAACCGUCCGAUUUUUGGAUCGAGACAAAAAGAGGAUUUCACAAAAGAAAAAGGUACUCCCGUCCGCGACCUUCUAGUAAAACUGACUUCAGUCUUAUUAAAGAUGGAUGGCGAGGGGUGCGUGAUCGCUGGCCCUUCCGGCGUACGACGGCAAGCGUACCUUAGGUUUCCUCCGCCACCGCCUUUCCCACCGGACGAGUACUCGUACGCGUACUACGAAGGGAAAAAAGUGCCUGUCCCAGGCACGAGCAAGAACCCUAGGCACUCGUACAUAACGAGGUACGGCACGCAGGAGAACCUCUACGAAGAAAUAGGACAGAUGAGGCUCGAGGAGGAGGUGCGGUACGUCCACUCCAAACACCUUCAGGUUCUCGACGAGCUGAACCUUUCCAUGGAGGCGAUGCUGAUGCCGACACCGCCGCAGUCGGAGUUGACGACGGAAGCUCUCAUGUCACCUGCUGCCUGUUCCGUCGAUUCCGGCUUUUCAAGCAGCUCGACAGGGACCAACAGUCUAGGAAGGCCGAAUUCCUCUAUAAAAAAGAAGUCCCCGCACAGCUUUUGGAAGAAGCUUCCCGGCCUGGGGAGCACCUCGACUUUAGUCAAACCUAGUCCAGAUGAACCAAGAUGCAACUCAGGCUCUUGGGAAGAAAGCCCGCACGAACAAUCUCGCCGAAGCUCUUGCUCAGAUGUCGACUUGUCCUCAGGAGAUGAAAGCAAAUACGGUUUUGGUUCCAGGGGUUUGGACGGCAAAGGCCGGCCAGGGUCGAAACGAGGGAUCUGGAGGAAAAGUUCCCCAGAGCCUGGAGGAGGCAGCACAUCGAUAGGCCGCCUUUCGAAGCUUUUUUCAAAAAAGAAAUCCCUCCAGGCCAUCGAGGCCGAACCCAGAGGAAAAAUGCCUUUACUACCUGAGGAAGAAGAGUGCAAUAUGACACAUAGGAGAGUCAUGUCUCCGAGUUUACCACCUCCCCCACACAAUCUCAGCCCUCAGCAGAUCAAAACGAGGCAUAUAGUCGAGGCGAUAGUGCAAUCCGAAAACUCUUACCUUGCCACAUUAAGAAAACUAGUCCAUGAGUAUAAGAAACCACUAGAAGAAUCCAGCCCGGCAUUGUUAAGCCCUGGAAAAAUCCAAACUAUAUUCCACCGUCUUCCUGAGAUACUCCAGUGCCAUACGCUCUUCAGCAUCGCGCUUGCUGAAGCAGUGGCAAACUGGGACCAAGAACACAGGAUAGGCGACGUUUUUGUCGCAUCAUUUUCAAAAGCAGUAGUUCUCGACAUUUACAGCGAUUUCAUCAACAACUUCUCCCUCGCUAUGGAUGUUGUGAGAACAGAGACCAAAAAGAAACCCGCUCUAGCUGAUUUUUUCAAGACUAGGCAGAACAGUUCACACGAUCGUCUUUCAUUUUUCGGCCUGAUGGUCAAACCAGUCCAAAGAUUUCCUCAGUUUAUACUUUUUCUUCAAGACCUUCUUCAAAAUACCGGUCACGGUCAUCCAGAAAGAAUGGUUCUCCAGCUUGCGCUUACCAAACUUGAAUCGCUCGCGGAGCUUCUGAACGAAAGGAAGCGUGAGGCAGAACAGGCUCAAGCUUUUAGACAAAUGAUGAGAUGUGUUUCCGCCAAGAUGCCGACAGCUGCACAGCACAAGUACCUCAUUAGGCAUGAUGAUGUUACCCAAUUAGAAGUUAAUUCAUGCGGUAUGAUAAGCAAACUAAAGAACAGAAGGCUCCUCCUGCUAAAUGACCAACUCGUCUGCGUAGCGCUUAGCAGCAAGGAAGAAAACGUAAACUCACAGCUUCGGCUCACUUUCAAAUGGAGCUGCUCGAUAAAUGACGUUCAGGUCAUUGAAAGCUCAGGCUCACCCACGCUGAGCCGCCUUCUGACACCAAACGGAAGUCUUGCUUCCACCAACUCGUCAGGAACUUCAGACAGCCUUUGCAUGGAAAUGAGUCAACUCAUGCAUGAUUACCAAGUCAUCAGCAGGAUCCACGAUCUGACUCACAACCUCAAAGGCCAAUACCAGGAAGUCAAUGCUGACAUUACAAGAAGCCUUUUAGAUAACAUUCAGAGGGAAAUUCAGCGUAAGGACGAACAGAUGGCUUGGCUAGAUUCUUGCUGUCUUCAAGUCAUGUUACGAGGAAAAGACGAGACUUAUACAUUCCAAAUGAACAGCCAAGAAGCGAGAAAGGAAUGGAUAACGGAAUUAAGACUUGCUCGUCUAGCUCUGGACACGAAUAAUUCACCAUCGUGGGAAGUCCCUGAGCAGGAGCUUCGGCCUUCGACAAAAAUGCCUCUUUUCGUCGCCGCACAUCCUGUCUACACAUCAGACCCGACCUCAGAGGUCAUGUGUGGCUGCUACUACAGCACGACGUGCGGAAAAACGGGCUAUCUCUGGGUAUGCACGUACGACGGGAACGACAGUCACAUUUCAAUCGCUCAAACCUGGCAGACUUCCCUCAAAGCCUUGACCCAAUUGCAGAUCACUGGGACCAAAGUUACGGCGAUGGAGUACGUGAGGAGUAUGGACACCGUGUGGUUAGGAACAGCAAACAAUAGGCUAUUGAUGUACUCAGUUUGUGAAAUUGAAAGACCGGAAUUAUCGAACAGCCUCCAAAUCGACGGAGAUGUGAUAUCUAUUAAAGUUCACUGUGAUAAUGUUUUCAUUUCGUUAAUGACUGGGAGGCUGUUGAUGUUCAGGAGGCAUUCAGUCGUUACAGAACCGGAGGAAAUUUGCCUUGGCUCUGAUCCCGUAGCUUGCAUAUUACCAAUAAACCUUUCAAUUUAUGCUGCUACAGGGAAAACAAUAACUGUAAUAAGUGCCAUCACCGGCGAGCUACAGAAAACCUUUACAGUUCAACAUGAUCAUCUUGGUGGACAUAUCAGCUUGAUGGCACAUUCUGGUGUUGGGUUAUGGCUCGCUUUGGCUAAUUCUAGUACAAUAUGCCUCUACCAUACAGAAACAUUCAAGCAUUUACAAGAUAUUAAUGUAGCAAGUAAUGUUGUUCGGAUAACGAGGUGUCAGGGGCCAGUUACAGUCACUGGUCUUAUGGCUGUCAAGGGUCUUCUCUGGGUCGGUACCGAUUCCGGCUUAGCGCUUACAGUGCCUCUACCGAGGCUGGAAGGCGUUCCGAUUAUUUCAGGCAGGGUAAACGUGUCGUACCACGGCCAUUCGGGCCCGCUGUCUCUCCUUUUGCCUCUGCACGACCCUCCUACUGUCCACAAGCGUCCGGCGUCCAAAGCGCUCGCAUCCGAUGUCUACGGGCUAUACGGCCAGCUCAUGUACGUCAAGGAUUAUGAAGAGACUGAAGCGGAAUGGACUCAAGUCAGCAGGCCCGAUACCAUGUCGAGGAACGAGUCGAAACGCGAGCACACGCUUAUUACAAUAACGGGUGGCCAGGGUUAUAUCAACUACCAACAAUGUUGCUAUAAAAACAUUACUAAUCUCGCUCAUGUAGUCAUUUGGGAAAUGAAACUUUAGUGUGUCACGGUCAAUUCUGCCAGGGCUUAAAAUUUUACAAAUUUCUAGUUUUUUUGCUCGAACUUUUGAACAAAGCCUAUGCACAAUUUUCUAUAUAUAUUUUUAUGUAUAGUUAAUUUGGUGUGUAUAACUUUUUAUUGACGGUGUAUUGUAGUCCUCUUAGAAAUAAAUACAGUUUUUAAUGUUAAUUACAACUUAUAUAUUGUUUUGUUGUUUUUAACAUAUUUUAUGCAAAAAAUUAACCAAAUCUUUUUAGUUAUUUAAUUUAUAAUUCUACCAAUUAAUUAGUCUUUUGUUUUGUAAUUAAAUACCGUUUUCAUUUUGUUCCCUUGCAUAAACGCUUAAAAUACAUUUUAUCCGUGUAUACUCUGGCUAGGUGCUAUAUUUCAAGUUGUUUUUUCAUUUUGUUCAGUCUAUCUUUUUGUACAUGGAAGUGUAGAGAUGUAAAUAAUUUGAGUUAGAUUUUUUUUUUUACAUUUUAUGUAAAUAAAGCAUUACCCUGUAUUUAUAUUACCAAAACAAAAUUAUAUUUGUUAAAAAUAAAUAUAAUUUGUAUAUAAAGGAAGUUGCACUAAAUUAAUGCUCUGUUGAAGGAUGUUAUUGAACUUGUAAUUGUACUGUACCUGAAGGAAUAUAAAUAAAUUAACACUUCUGUCAAAAAUGA